CUUUGGUCGAACCCCAAUUGCCUGAACGACCAACUCGUAGGAACUUGAAAGUCCAGCGUGGCGUAGCAUAGCAUUUGCUCCAAUUGAAUUGCAAGAUGGUUUUUUCCGUCAUAUUGACCCAACCCAUCAAACACGAAGUCCACCCAUCCAGCCGGCACGCCGGUGACGGAAUCCCCGCGCCUCGACCAAUCGCUUUCUGCCAGCUCAUCCAUCAUUCACCUUUCUCUUCCACGUGUCCCCUCUUCUCUAUCCCUCCUUGUCCGACGCCGUCAAACCCAAUCUUUUCUUCUUUUUUCCGUCAACCGAUAGAAAACAAAACAAACACUGUAGGAUUUAUCUGAAAAAGGAGAAUAAGCGAAGUCGGUCAAUAUAUUCGCCGAUCAAUCAAAACCCUAACUGCUACAUCUCUCCCUUUCUCUCUCUCUUGCUCCCUCUUCCUCUCUCUCUCUCUCUCUCUCUCUCUCUCUCGCACUCGGAUCUCUUACGGUUCCAUAGAUCGCCGAUGCCCUCCGUUCACCGGCGUUCGUUAGCACGAGCCAAGCCAAAACCAUUUAUUAGGUCCGUGUAUUCCUCGCGAUAGCACACCUCCGUGAGAGAGAGGUAAGCGUUUGAUUUGGAGCUCGGCAAGGGGGUUAGUUACCGGAUCGGUGCCCGUUAGCUCUGAACGAUGGAAGAAGACGACGAGAUCCAGUCACACCAUUCGCAGGAGACGGGAUCUCCGGCCUCUCCAAGGCCAAACGGGAGAAUAACGGUGACGGUGGCCGCCGCACCACCUGCAGUCGCACCGACGUCGCAGAACACUAUAACCACAGUAGCGCUACCUGUUCAGCGAACAAGAAGCGGCGGCGGGGGAGGAGGCGGCGGCGGAGGAGGUGGGGGUAGAGAGGACUGCUGGAGCGAAGGCGCCACCGCAGUGCUGAUCGACGCGUGGGGAGAGCGGUACCUGCAGCUGAGCAGAGGGAAUUUGAAGCAGAAGCACUGGAAAGAGGUGGCGGAUAUUGUAAGCAGCAGCGAGGACUACGGGAAGACCCCCAAGACCGAUAUACAGUGCAAGAAUCGGAUCGAUACGGUGAAGAAGAAGUAUAAGGUGGAGAAAUCGAAGGUUGCGUCCGGUGGCGGACCUAGUAAGUGGCCUUUUUUCGAUAGGUUGGACCAAUUGAUUGGUCCGACGGCUAAAAUUGCUGUUUCUAGUCCGCCCUCGCUGCAGCUAAAAGUGCCUUUGGCAAUUCCGGUUCGAAUUCGUUCCGCCUCCACGAAUCACUAUAAUAACAGUCAGUUCCUUAAUAAACCACCGAAGAAGGAGGAGGAGACCGUGGUGCUGAGGAGUGGUAGAGGACAAAGGAUGCAACAGUUUCGAAAGAGAGGCGGGUUGGAGUCUGAAUCAGAAUCGGAGCCAGAGCCAGAACCGGAGGCUGAUGCUGAUUCAUUGGAUAGCUUUCCGCCGCCAGGGACAAGUGAGAGGAAAAGGCCUCGGAGGAUGAUGAUAGGAGGAGAAAAGGAGGGGAGUGGAGGAGGGAAGAGUGGUUGGGGGAAUGCGGUGAAGGAGUUGACGCAGGCGAUCCUGAGGUUUGGAGAGGCGUAUGAGCAAGCGGAGAGCGCCAAGCUGCAGCAGGUGGUGGAGAUGGAGAAGCAGAGGAUGAAGUUUGCAAAGGAGCUGGAGUUACAGAGGAUGCAGUUUUUCAUGAAGACCCAGUUGGAGAUUUCGCAGUUGAAGAAGCAUGGCGGGAGGAGAGGUGCUGGCGGUGGUAAUGCUAGUCAUCACCACAGUAAUAAUAAUAACAAUAACAACAAUAGUGAUAGCAGCAACUAGGUUUAGAUUUUGGGUUAGAUUUUCUGUGUUCUUGUGAUGGGUGAGAAGACCCAGGUCUUGAAAAUUUGUUCUGGAAUUGGUAGUCUCUGUGUGUGUAUGUCUGCUGUCUCUUUAUUUACCUUAUCACAGUCUUAACUUGUGUCAAAUUGGUGGCAGGGACUGACUAGAUGCUCAAAUACAGUAGAUUGUGACACCAA